AGUUGCGAACAAAACGAAUCCUCCUCUAAUUCCUCAAACUCGUCAUCAAAGCCAUUAACAAACUCCUUAGCCUCCCUCGAUAUCCAGUCCGGAAUUUCUGGAAUUUCCUGUCCUGCCCCUAACUUCUUGAGAAUUUCCUCUUUCGUCCCUUCCCACGGCAAUUUCCCGGCCAGCAUCUCGAGCACGAUGCACCCGACUGCCCAAACAUCACAAGGCGCUUCCUGCACGCUGUCGGGGGACAAAUACAUGGGCGUGCUGCCUCUCCAGCACUCGCCCCCACCUAAUUUCCUCUUCUUCCUCGAGUGCUCUUCUCCCCUCUUUGCCAGGCCGAAACCCCCGAUUUUCGCUGUGAAUUGGGCACCAUCAAUCUCGCUUCCUCCGGCGAUCGCAAUGAACGUAUCCAGCUUCGUGAACGUGGCUCAAACCUCUGAGAAUAGAACGCGCGUGCAUCUUCACCUCGACUUCCGGCAGCCCUUUGCCGUCGGAUUGGGCGAUUCUGGUUCCGCCGGAAGCGUACUCGAGCAGCAGAUUGUAAGCGAUGGAGCCGUUGUCGCCUUGAGUGGUCUCGUCUCCGAAACAGUAGAUGAGGUUGGCCAUGACCUCCUUCUCCUUCUGCAGCGCGCACGAGGAGGAAGCGUCGGCGGACUUCAAGGCCAUCUCCGGCGGGAAACAGCUGUACUUCGGUCGGCGAUUUUUGGCCUUGUAGACGCGGCCGGAGCUUUCUUUACCCAACAUCGGACCCCUGAUCCACGAAAUUCCAUCUCCGUAGAUGUUAGAACCCAUCUG